UCUUCCUAUUUUUAAUAGAAUAUAAUUUAACUAGUACUUUGUGAUAAUGUAUGGCGUAUAUUUUUCCGGUGAAUAUGUGGGCCGUAUGUGUUCUGUAGGUUGUAGCAUUUUGCUAGCAUUGGAAACAUUCAUUAGCAUAUUCAACGUUACUGCACAUCUGCAUUUAAAAUUUCAUUCGAACUCCGAAUAGCACACUUAUUUUAUUUGUUUUAUUGCUCUAUCAACGUUAGCCCGAACAAGAAUUGGGAUACAUGUGCAGUGAUUGUUGUUGAGUCCAUACUCGUCUGUUUCACUGAAGAGAACCGCGAGCUGGUAGUUUGCAGUGAGUCUCAAAGAGACCUCUGAAGGUGACCCCCAAUUGCCCCCAAAAAUAAAAUCAAGUAUACUGGGUGGUUAGUGCUUCGUUUGUUUCGGUUUGUGCUGGUAAAAUCAUCGUUUCUAUCGCUUCGGUGUCAAAGAUAUUGCACUUUUAUUUAAUAGGUCAUUCAGAGUUCACCAGCCCCCGGCCAAAAUCCGUGGAGUCUUGAAAAGUAUUAAAAGGUGAUAAAUCAAUUUCAGAAAAAUUAAGACCCUUAAAAGUAUUAAAGUCUUAUCACGGCUUUAUAAAGUCUUAAAUUUUGAGAUUUUUUUCUGAAUUAGCCAACAGUUUGUUUUAGUUUUAUUUUUUAAGGAACCGAGGGAGGGAGCAUAAAAGAUGAAAAAAAAAAAAACUAAGCUGUUGUGGGUGUUUUUCUCUCAGAGCACCAGGGUGGACGGGGUGGAAGCUCAAAAGUGCAAAGAACGCUCUGGUGUUCCCGGUGCAUAUUACGAACGCACCUAAAUGUUAAGACGGAAGAGAAUGUUGGUGAACGUGAACGCACAACGAAAAUGGGGAAGUGCAAGUUUGCAGCGUCCUGGCUGGAUAUCCUGGAUUUCAAAGAAUGGCUGCAGCCAGUCGAGGGGAGCGUGAGGGAGGCAUACUGUACGAUAUGCAAGAAUUAAAUAAGUUUCGUGUCAAUGGGCAUAAACUCCUUAAAGUCGCACAUGUGUUGUGCUAGCCACAAAGCUGCUGCUAGCCGCCGAGAGCGGCAGCUACCCAUCGCUAGCUUCUGUGGAAAUCGUGUUGAACCACCACAACAUAGUCCCAACGUAACGUCGCUCCACGAUCGACAGUCGCACCUAGAGCCGGUCUGUCUCUGCUUCCUCAUCUUCUGCAGCCGUUAUCAGAGUGGCUCUGGGCAGCACAGCGACGCUGCAUGCUGAGGUGUUAAUAGUGUCUCCACACAGCGGAAAAACACCAUUCCCUGAACUCAAAUGAAAACUUGGCUGAAGUUUUCAAGGCUAUGUUUCCAGAUUCGGACAUAGCGAAGUUGUUCACUUGUGGCAAGGACAAAACUGGAUACAUCAUGUGAUUCGGGUUAGCACAGGGGCGUGAACUCUGAAUGACCUAUUACAUAAAAGUGUAAUAUCUUUGACACCUGUAGCGAUACAAACGAUGAUUUUACCAGCACAAACCAACACAAAAGGAGCAUUAACCACCCAUACUUGAUUUUAUUUUGGGGGGCAAGUGGGUCAUGUUCACAGACUGGGCUGCUCCGGCAUAUAAUGGUAACCCUGCUCACAGGAACAGAUUUAUGAAAUGAGUAAUAGAAAUUUUGGAGCAUUUGAAAUUUAGCUUGUAUUAUUAAUACAUUUUAAAAGAAACAGGAGUGUUCUUAAGUUUAGAUCGUCUCUGUGCUACCCCUUUGCAUGUGUCUCACUGUACACAAUUAAUUUUUUCUUGUUUUCUUUUUCUCUGAGGUUGCUGGUUGUGGAAUUUUGGAGCUGCAGAGAUUUGAGCUGUGCUCCAAAAGUGCAUGUUGAAGGUACCAAAUGCUUUCAUAUUAUUUACUUUUUCCUUAAUACACAAUUUUAAAUUUUGAAUUCUCUUAUUUGGUCUUUCAGGUUAUGAAUGUGGUGUUGUAAGCUUUGCUCUUUAAGUGUAUCUAAAAGGUACCAAAUUCUAAAACACUUGAGACUUAAACACUCGAUUCUUGGUCUGAGACGCUCAUAUCCGUGCAUUUACAGUCAUUGCCCUUGUACUUUCAAAACAUGGGGUGGUCUUAGGACUCAUCUAAGUCGUACACAUGGUGCUAAGCCCUCUCACACUGUAGAACGUGUUAUAUUGACUUGUCCUUCUUGUCCUGAAAGCCACAUACCAACAAGCAGAGAAUACUUCCUCCAUAUUAAUAAACAUCUCAAGAGGUUGGAGACAGUAGAUUGUGUUUAUCAAAAUUGUUCUUUCAAAACUAAUGUGUAUGGUACUUUCCAGACACACAAGAGUAGAAAACAUUCUUCAUGCACGCUCAGAGAUUUCAAAAAUGAAAUAGUGAAAAGAACUGAAUUUACAAGUAAUAAUGAUCUUUCUGAGGAGUCUGCAGAUGAAGGGCCCCCUGACUUGGAUUGUGAAGCUGGUGUAGUUGGUGAAAAUUUGGAGGAAGCUGUAGUUAAAAACCUUGCCUUGGUUUUGUUAAAGUUGGAGGUCUUUUCACAUGUACCAACAUCAGCAAUUGACAAUUUACUCGAGGGGCUACAUUUUCUAUUCACUACUUCUGCUUUACCCUUAACAAAUAGCUUAACUUUGGCCGUUCUCAAGGAGCAUAAUAUUGAGGUUAGUUCAUCGCUAGUGAAUGAGUUGUGCACUGCAUUAUACACUGGAAAUCCACUACUUAGAAGUAUUGCAAAAGGAGGGUCACUUGAAACAACAUUUAAGCGCAAGAAGUUUUACUAUGAAAAGUUUAAUGUUGUUGAGCCAGAGGAAUAUGUUCUAGAGGAAACAACAAAAAAAAACUUUCAAUAUAUUCCACUGCUAAAGUUAUUGGAGCAGUUACUUCAACGUGAAGAUAUUGUUGGAAAGCUAGUUGAAAACUAUAAAAGGAGUCACUCAAAUUCACAACUGCUUACAUGUUUUCAGGACGGUGAGAAUCAGAAGAACAAUAUUUUUUUUUCAAGUGAAGAGCUCAGAAUUUCAUUAUGCCUAUAUAUUGAUGAUUUUGAAGUGUGCAACCCACUAGGAACAUCUAGAAAAAAACAUAAACUUUGUGCGGUUUAUUGGAUUCUGGGCAACUUGCCUUCUGGUUGCAGCUCAGCCCUUUCUUCAAUCUACUUGGCACUGUUGUGUAAAAGUGAAUUAAUUAAAUCUUUCGGUUAUGAAAAAGUACUUGAGCCUCUGCUGCGUGAUUUAGUCAGACUUGAGAAGCAAGGUUUAUUCGUGCCCCUCCUUGGUUCAUUUAUCAAGGGUACAGUUCAGUGUGUCGUUGCUGAUAAUCUGGGGGCCCAUGGGCUUGGAGGAUUUGUGGAGAAUUUUUCAGCUAAUUAUUUUUGUCGUUUCUGUACAGCCCAGCUUUCUGAUAUAAAUACGUGUGAGGUAAAGACAGGAUCAUUUGAACGAAGAACAAAGGAAAAUCAUCGGCUUCAUGUCAAGACUGCUCAAGAACAAGGUGUGAACUGUUUAGGUGUAAGAAAAUCGUGUGUUUUAACGGAUAACCUCUCGUAUUUUAAUGUUGUUACUGGUUACCCUCCCGACAUUGUGCACGAUUUCUUUGAAGGAAUUGUUCCUGUCGAGUUGGCCCAGUGUAUUGACCAUCUUGUGUCAAAAAAGUAUUUUUCUCUCGAACAACUGAACAAUCGUAUUCGUUCUUUUCCUUACAAGGAAGGAGAUAAAACUAAUCGCCCCACUGUGUUAUCAAAAGCUGUAAGUAAGAAGAAGAGACGUUCUCUUGGGGGUAACGCACAUGAAAACUGGUGUCUUAUUCGCUUGCUUCCUUUUAUCAUUGGGCCAAAUGUCCCUGCUGAUGAACCAGCCUGGCUGGUUAUUUUAGACUUAAAAGAUAUUGUCGAGCUUGUAGUAGCUCCUGUCCACAGUCUUCAAUCUGUUGCAUAUUUGGAAUGUAAGGUCUCAGAGCACCGAAAGCGUUACCAACAACUAUUUCCUAACCAAAAACUGAUGCCUAAACACCACUUUAUUGAGCACUAUGCAGAAAUGAUCAAAUGUUUCGGUCCUCUUGUGUCGUUAUGGACGAUGAGAUUUGAGGCCAAGCAUAGUUUCUUCAAACAGGCUGUUCGGAACAUCAAAAGCUUCAGAAACAUAGCCGGCUCUUUAGCUCGUAAACAUCAGUUAAUGGUUGCAUAUAGAAUGCUUUGUCCUGAUGAUGAAAACUCUACAGAUGUUACUCGCGUGACAGAAGUGCCGUUGGAUGUCCUUAAAGACAAUGUUGUGAAAAGUAUCACUAACAAACAUCCAGACGUGACUGCUGUUAACUUAGCCACUGGCGGUUUUGUGAACAAUAUUCAGUACAAAAAGGGGAUGAUUGUUGUGCACGGAUCAUGUGGUGGUCUACCAGAUUUCUGUGAAAUUCAACAUUUGUGCAUUAUUAAAAAAGAGACCCUCCUUAUUCUGAAAAGACUAAAUUCAUGGUACAUGGAGCACUAUAGGGCUUUUCACCUACAAACAACAACAGAUGUUGUUGUUGUAUCCAUGACAGAGUUGGCCGACCCAUACCCCCUAUGCGACUAUGAAGUUGGACACUUGCGGAUGGUCACCUUAAAAAGACAUAUUCACAUUGCUUGAAGAAUGGCUGCUACUUUGAGGGUGAUACUUGGAGUGGACAAUUCAUCCAAGUUGGUGCUUCCAUCUGGAAUCCCUGGUUCAGUGGACAUUUUAAAAGAGGAAAUACAAAGACAGUUUGGAUUGACUGAAGAUUUCAGGCUUCAAUAUAGAGAUGUUGAGUUUGACAAUGAAUACAUGAAUCUAACCACAACUGGGGACAUUAAAGACAAGAGUACAAUCAAAGUAAUUUACACUCAAAACUCUGAGCCGUCCACUGUGCCCACCACAGCACCCACAGCUGUCUCCAGAGAGACAUUACCACAGUUUAAUGCGCCAUCCUUGCCAGACACUGACAUCCUUUCCUCCUCAGACUCCAGUUCCUCUUGUUCAUCUCUUCGCGUGCGGAAAUGGCCCUUAAACUUUCCAAUACCAACGUUUAGUUUUGAUGUGGAUUUUCAGUUACACAGAGCCCAGCAAGAAUAUGAAAACAAUGGGACUCUCUUAGACCCGAGCCCAAAACUCAAAUCUGACAUAUUAGAUAUGUUAGCAUCAGAAAUUGCAAAAUACAAAGUUUAUCCAUCAAGUGGAGAUAUUGAUGAUGUCGCUAAAGCGUUAAUUCAAAAAUAUCCCUUUCUCAAAGAGAACGGAUCUGUGACUGGCUGUGAAGGCUGGAAAGUAAGCCUAAAAUACAAAAUGGCCAAUUACCGGACAACACUGAGAAACAUAGGGUGCCCAGAGGUGGCAAUAAACACUCUACAACACAAGAGAGAACGAGAGGAGAGUCCACGUCGAAACAACGUCAAAAAGCCACGGAAAGCAGAAGUGAACUUUUUACCACAAUACCCUGCAGGAGAAACAAACAAAAGUCUGGAGGAAGAACGACAAGCACUACUGAUUGAGGUGAAGAAAACAAACAACGAUCAAAUAAUCAAAAUAAAGAUGGAUAAGACGUUUGCACACAGAAGAAGAGAGGUGAUUGAAGAGAUGCCAUUCAUCGCAGAGUUCAAGAGCAGAUGGCCGGCCCUCUUCAAAGUACCCGAGAUCAAUGCGGAGUUCACCCGAAUCGCCACAGUUCCACUGCUGUCCACAUUCAUGAGAAGUCUUGACCAGUACUCUAACCAGUUGAUGAAGAUUCUACGAAAAAAAGGAGGGGAAACAGCACGGCAGAUCACAGCAGCGUUGUCUGCAAUUUCACAGAGUUCCCGAAUCGAAGUGAAGCGUGAAUGCAUCCUUAAAGCUGUGAUUAUAUACCUGAAUGAGAACCCUGAAAAUCUCAUCAAAGAGUACAUGGAUUGCAACGUGAUGGAAGCUGAUGAGCUCGAGAGGAUGGAUUUGGGUGUUUAUAAAAUAAUCCACGAAGGAGCACAGCCUGAUGACUCCCUUGAAGAUGUUGGCAUCAUUAUCGAGAGAUGCACCGUCUUGCAGGAUCUUCACGAUGUGGCGAGCGGGUGUGCACUUUUGUUUGGGCUAAUCUACUGCCUCAAUCUGAGUUACCCAAAGCCACUUCGCUACACAUUUGAGUUCUUCCAGAAGGUGCUCAUGGGCCUGGAAGACAAAAAACUGUCUAACAAAAUCCAAGUGCUGAAGAACAAACUCUGCCAAAAGGAGACACAAUGACUCUUCUAAAAAAAAAAUGUCCCCCAAAAUAAGUGCUCUGUUUUCUUGCAGAGUAAAAAUGUUACAGUUUAAAAGUUUAUAAAUACAUAUAUGUUGAUCCUUGUUUGUAAAUAUUUUUUCAGCACUUUUAAUGUUUAAGAGAUUUACUGAAUGCCAUUUUUCUUUUGAUUGUGGAAAAGAAAACACAUUUCAGAAACUGAGUUUUUUUAAACUGGGGACAAAAUUACCCAGAUUGAUUUUUGUUGUUGUUGUUGUUUCACUUUAACAUUUCUGCAGUUUGAGUUACUGUGGUAAUUCUGCAGACUGUAGCCAUUGCAGACCU